AUAUCAAUGGCGACACCAACUUUUGUUGUAAAAUUAGACUUUUGGUGAUUAGGCAAUGAUUUUAACCUAUAAUCCUUGUCGUAUGAAACUGGAACACCCGCCAAAGCAUGAUUUUAAAAGUUGAUGGCUUGUCUCCUCCUUCACCAGCAUUUAACGACUCAAUUUCGUGCUGUUUCAUCAACACUUGGAUAUAAAUGGAUGGAACAUUCCCCUGGACGAUUUACAACACUUGCAGCAGCAAACCAAAUGCACCCAAACAACUACAGGAAAACUUUUUCCCAUUUAUACCAAGAAUGUGCAAAACACUGCAUCCAGGAACCAGGCAGGCAAGCCCAUGCUCGGAUGAUAAUUUCUGGGUUUCAACCCACUGUUUUCGUCACUAAUUGUUUGAUUCAAAUGUACAUAAAAUGCUCCAACUUGGGUUAUGCUGAUAAAUUGUUUGAUAAAAUGCCUCUAAGAGAUACGGUUUCUUGGAAUGCUAUUAUUUUUGGGUAUUCCAUGGUAAGUGAAUUGGAGAAGGCACAAUUAAUGUUUGAUUUGAUGCCUGAAAGAGAUGCAAUUUCAUGGAAUUCUUUGAUUUCCGGGUAUAUGCAAAAUGGUAAUUAUGGGAAAUCUAUUCAAACUUUUCUGGAAAUGGGAAGAGAUGGUAUUGCUUUUGACAGAACAACUUUUGCUGUUAUUUUGAAAGCUUGUUCGGGUAUUGAAGAUUCUUGGUUAGGGGUGCAGGUGCAUGGGUUGGUCGUCAAAUUAGGUCUUGCUACUGAUGUGGUGACAGGGAGUGCAAUGGUGGAUAUGUAUUCGAAAUGCAAGAGAUUGAAUGAGUCAAUAUGUUUCUUCAAUGAGAUGCCUGAAAAGAACUGGGUUUCUUGGAGCGCUCUGAUAGCAGGUUGCGUUCAAAAUAACAAGUUUGCUGAUGGAUUACACCUCUUCAAGAAUAUGCAAAAAGGAGGAGUAGGGGUGAGUCAAUCUACUUAUGCUAGUGUCUUCAGGUCUUGUGCCGGGUUAUCAGACUUAAAAUUCGGUUCUCAAUUGCACGGUCAUUCAUUGAAAACUGAUUUUGGAUCUGAUGUCAUUGUAGCUACGGCCACUUUGGACAUGUAUGCCAAAUGUAACAGUUUGUCUGAUGCUAGGAAGGUAUUCAAAUUGCUGCCAAACCAUAAUUUGCAAUCCUAUAAUGCCUUGAUUGUUGGGUUUGCUCGAGGUGAUCAAGGAUAUGAAGCUGUAAUACUAUUCCGGCUUUUGCUGAAGUCUUAUCUUGGGUUUGAUGAAAUAAGCCUAUCUGGUGCAUUUAGCGGAUGUGCAGUAUUCAAAGGGAAUUUAGAGGGAAUGCAACUACAUGGUGUAGCUUGUAAGACCCCCUUUUUGUCCAAUGUUUGUGUCGCAAAUGCCAUUAUGGACAUGUAUGGCAAAUGUGAAGCACCACAAGAAGCUCUACGUUUGUUUGACGAAAUGGAAAUAAGAGAUGCAGUGUCUUGGAAUGCAAUAAUUGCAGCUUACGAGCAGAAUGGACAUGAGGAUGAAACUUUGAUACUAUUUUCUCGGAUGCUUAAGUCAAGGAUGGAACCAGAUGAAUUCACUUAUGGUAGCGUUUUAAAGGCCUGUGCAGCUCGUCAAGAUUUUAACACUGGCAUGGUGAUCCACAAUAGGAUCAUAAAAUCAGGGAUGGGAUUGGAGUGCUUCAUUGGGAGUGCUGUAAUAGAUAUGUACUGUAAAUGUGAAAAGGUAGAAGAGGCAGAGAAACUCCAUGAGAGAAUGAACGAACAGACAAUCGUAUCUUGGAAUGCAAUCAUAUCGGGAUUCUCAUUGCGUGAACAAAGUGAGGAAGCACAGAAAUUCUUCUCUAGAAUGCUGGAAGAGGGAAUAAAACCUGAUAACUUUACCUUUGCAACAGUUCUUGAUACCUGUGCCAAUCUAGCUACUGUUGGGCUGGGAAAGCAAAUUCAUGCUCAAAUUAUAAAGCAAGAAUUGCAAUCAGAUGUGUUUAUAACUAGCACUCUUGUUGACAUGUACUCGAAAUGUGGAAACAUGCAGGAUUCUAGGUUGAUGUUUGAAAAAGCACCAAAAAAGGAUUUUAUCACAUGGAAUGCUCUGGUUUGUGGCUAUGCACAACAUGGUCUUGGAGAAGAGGCUUUGCAGAUCUUUGAAAAGAUGCACCUUGAGGAUGUAAGACCAAAUCAUGCAACUUUUCUUGCAGUCUUAAGAGCUUGUGCACAUAUAGGGCUUGUUGAAAUAGGACUGCAACACUUCAAUUCAAUGUCGAAUAACUAUGGAUUAGAUCCUCAAUUAGAACAUUACUCAUGUAUGGUUGACAUAUUAGGGAGGGCGGGGCAAAUUAGUGAUGCACUGAAGCUUAUUCAAGACAUGCCUCUUGAGGCUGAUGAUGUGAUUUGGAGAACUCUGCUUAGUAUGUGUAAGAUGCACAGGAAUGUGGAGGUAGCAGAAAAAGCAGCAAAGUGUCUCUUGGAAUUGGAUCCUGAGGACUCGUCUUCUCAUAUACUUUUGUCAAAUAUUUAUGCUGAUGCAGGAAUGUGGAAAGAAGUUGCUGAAAUGAGGAAAGUGAUGAGGUAUGGUGGGCUCAAGAAGGAGCCAGGUUGUAGCUGGAUUGAGAUAAAGUCUGUGCUACACAUGUUUCUUGUUGGUGAUAAAGCCCAUCCAAGAUGCAACGAGAUAUAUGAAAACCUUGACACAUUGAUAUCUGAAAUGAAGCGAGCGUCACAUAUACUAGAUAAUGAAUUUUUGCUCAGCUGUGAGGCUACAGAAGAUGAACAUCAACAUCCAUUUCCCGAAUGCAGAGUUUCUUCUUUUUAGACCAAUUCAGUUGGAACCUAUCUCUGGUUGUGAUGGAGGUAUGCAAGGGAAAGAACCUUUGCUUCACGUUGACCCAAGGAAAAGCUUGGGGAUAUUGAGUUGUAUGUGUUGGCUGAUCCCUGGACUUCAUUUGAAUAUCUCGAGUCUACCAAAUGAUAUGCACACUCCGUGGAGAACACUGAAUAUAUUUAGUGACAACAGUACUGUUUGACAAAAUGCACUUGUGCUGGCUAAGAGGAAAUGAAAUGAUUGAGAAAAUUGUCCUCCAGAUUUCUUGGCGCAAAAGAAUUGCUUCAAAAGGACAAUGGUUGGACCGUAGUCUUGGGCUUUCAACUACAUGAUUUAUCUGAGAGAUUUCAGUCUCCAGAUUCUUGGGAAAUCUUAAACAUGGAUGAAGCAACUAUUUUGGCUGAAUGAAGAGAUGUCUUUUGAUGCUGGACAUGGAGUUGAUUACCAUACUUUUCUGGAGUUCCAUCUAAUUUUAUAUAAUUUCUACCCUUUUGGGGGGUUUUCGACCAGAUUCAAUUCUUUCUGAUAACAUAUUGAUAAAAGGUCCCU